AUGGUGCAGAGCUAUCUCAGGCACGGUCCUACGCAGGCUUUUGGUCUGGUCUGUAGCUCGUCAUCUAAUUCAGUAUUCGAUGGUAAAUUAGCGUAUGUACCUGCUCUGGAAGAUGUCUUGGUAUGGGACGUGAAAAAAGGCCAAAUGGUUUCCAUGUGGCACGAAACGGGACAUCGGGAGGAAGUUACUUGCAUUGUUCAAUCCCAAAAUCCCGAUUCUUUCGCCGUAGGCUAUGCGGACGGCUCUAUACGCUUAUGGAGUGCUUCGACGGGUUCUGUGGUGACCACUUUCAACGGACACAGGAAGGCCAUCACUGCUCUAGCUUUUGACAAAACUGGAACGCGGCUGGCGUCGGGAUCUCAGGACACCGAUUUAAUUUUGUGGGAUAUCGUUGGUGAAGCUGGCCUAUAUCGACUUCGAGGGCACCGCGAUCAAAUCACUGCAAUUCAGUUUCUUACCAUUGCAGACAACCAACCUUCUACCUUAACUGCUGCUGCCACUGGCCUACUUCUUACUGCUUCAAAGGACACUUUCAUGAAAGUGUGGGACUUGUCGAUACAGCAUUGUACACAAACAGUUGUUGCCCAUCGUUCUGAAAUUUGGUCUCUGGACGUCAAUGAAGACCAAGAGGUGGUAUUCACCGGCAGCGGCGAAGGAGAGCUCAAAGCAUGGAAAAUAGACCACCGAGCGUUGGCUAGUGGCCUAAGAGAGACGGAAACAGGAGAGGUUGCAAAAAUGGUGCAUCCCAUCUCUAGCCUCCCACUUGCCUCCAAGCACCGUGUCUCCCAGAUCAAGUUCCAUCCCACUCGGCCAUAUCUUGCUGUUCAAUCGCACGAUCGUUCUGUUGAGAUCUUCCGCAUUCGAACAGAGGAAGAAAUUCAAAAGAAGCGAUUGAGAAGGAAGAAACGGGCAAAGGAGAAAAAACAACAGGAGCAAGGGAAGGCGUCGAGCAACAAUAAUAAAAAAGGUGACGCAGAGAUGGAGGUCGACGACAAUGCAAAUUUGACCAUGGAGUCGAACUUGGUGGAUUACUUUACACCACAUCUUGUGGUUCGCGCAAGUGGCAAGAUCAGAUCGUUCGACUUUGGGUCUAAAGAACCCACUGCAAAGAGUUCAGUGCAGCUUUUUGUUGCAUUGUCUUCCAACGCCAUUGAAGUGUACAACAUACCUCCACCGGCUAAAUCUAAGGAAGAGCUACCUGAAGCUACUCGCAGUUACUCUGUCGACCUACCAGGGCACAGGACAGAUGUCCGGGCUUUAUCCCUUAGUUCGGACGAUCAAAUUCUGGCGUCUGCGUCCAAUGGAUCCCUCAAGAUAUGGAACAUGAAAACAACUCAGUGUAUCCGUACUAUGGAAUGCGGAUAUGCGAUUUGCAGCACGUUUUUGCCUGGUGACAGACACAUUGCGAUUGGAACAAAAUCCGGCGAGAUUCUGAUUUAUGACAUUGGCUCGUCGACCCUGAUAGAGACAAUCAAAGCCCACGCUUCAACCGUCUGGUCUAUGCACAUGAGAGCUGAUGGUCAGGCUCUGGUUACAGGUAGCGCUGACAAGGAUAUCAAAUUCUGGGAAUUUGAACACAGAGACUCCACUGACGACAGUAUCCAAAGCGGGAAACUUCUGUCCUUGGUCCACAUUCGCACAUUGAAGAUGUUGGAUGAAGUUCUUAGCGUCAAGUACAGCCCAAAUAGCAAAUUCCUUGCGGUAGCGCUCCUGGAUUCUACAGUAAAGGUCUUCUAUCAAGAUAGUCUCAAGUUUUUCCUGUCUCUGUAUGGGCACAAGCUUCCUGUGCUCUCAAUGGACAUCUCAGAUGAUUCCAAGUUGAUCGUGACUUGCUCUGCCGACAAGAACGUGAAGAUUUGGGGCCUCGACUUCGGUGAUUGCCAUAAAUCUAUCUUCGCCCACGACGAAAGUGUCAUGCAAGUGGCAUUCGAAAAGGGGACACAUUACUUCUGGACUGUUGGGAAGGAUAAAUUGCUCAAGUAUUGGGAUGGGGACAAGUCUGAGGGCAUCCAAAAGCUUGAGGGACAUCAUGGCGAGGUUUGGGCAUUAGCCCUCAGUCAUCACGGCAACUUUGUGGUUACUGGCUCUCACGACAAAUCAAUACGCGUUUGGGAGAAACUGGACGAACCACUGUUCCUCGAAGAAGAACGUGAAAAGGAGUUGGAGCGGCUGUAUGAAAGUGGAAUCGCAGAUUCACUGAAUCAUGUCGGUGCCCCAAUUGGCAGUGGUGCAGAAGGAGGGCCGGUCAACGGGGCGUCAGAAGCCGAGGUCGGUGCCGUGACUAAGCAGACGACCGAAACGCUCAUGGCUGGUGAACGUAUCAUGGAAGCGCUUGAUCUCGCGGAUACGGAAAGGCAAACCUUCAAGGAAUAUGAGGAAGCAAUGUCGCAGCUGUCAGAAGAUGACGCGAUGCGUAUGCAGCCACCUCCACGGAACGCCAUCCUGACGGCAUACGACCUAGAACCGGAAGCUUGGGUCCUGAGAGUCGUCGAAAGGAUCCCAGCAACAGCGCUACAAGAUGCUCUUCUAGUAUUACCAUUUGGGAAAGUCGUCUCGCUGAUGGUGUAUCUGGAUAUUUGGGCUCAAAAGUUGCAGGGCUGGAAUAUUACCCUUGUGUCUAGAAUCAUGUUUUUCCUUCUCAAGACACACCAUCGCCAAAUCGUCGCCAAUCGGAUCAUGCGAACUACUCUGAUUCCUCUUAGGAAACACCUUCGAGCAGCCUUGCAACAACAAAAGGACGUCAUUGGUUAUAAUCUGGCUGCAUUGCAUUUCAUCCGCCGGAAAAACGACUUAGAACGAGUCGCUCAGUUUUACGAAGAGGAAGGCAUGGAUGAAGAGAAGGUGAAAGCGAGGAUAGCUGAGGGCCUCCUUCGUUUGCUGCACCAUCCGGUCCCCUUCUUUGCUCCAACUUCCAUGCCAGCAGAUCCUACCCAUAAUCCAUCCGUCCGCCGCGCAUUCAGGAAGCUUGCAACAGAUGAUGAGAUCGACUCUCGAAGAGCGCGCGGAGAGAUAUCGUGCGCAGAGUGUCGUAGAUUGAAGUUGAAGUGCGACAAGAAGCUGCCUUGCAGUUCAUGCAUUCGACGAGGUUGUCCAUCUAUAUGUCCCAACGGAAGUCUAUCUACUGGUCAGGGGACCAGAUUCGUUCUCGCCGACACGACGCAACUACACCAGAGGAUAGCAGAGAUGGGCCAACGUAUUCGCCAACUAGAGGACGCGCUGGCCAUUUUCCAGGCAGGCGUUUCGAACGAGACACAUCCACUACUACGGGAGGAGCUCUUGUCGAUCAAGUUUGGUCCCGAGAAGGGACAGGUCCCAGAUAAAAAGCCCUCCGCUACAAGAGAAUCGCCCGAGCCUCUGUUGAAUGCUUUCGGCACACUCACCAUCGGUGACAACGGAGAAGCAAAAUAUUUUGGCCCGUCUGCAGGAGCUGAGACUCUGUUUAUGGCGGGUGCCGACCUGGAGCGAUCAUAUGAAGACUACAGCGAACCCGUAGCUCUGGAUAUUUUACGACAGUCCGCGUCCUUUCCUUUUGGCCCCGACGGCGAUAUCGAGAAGCACUUGGAAUUCUUUCUCGAUCACCUCCCCGAAGAACCCCGCGCGUGGUCACUGGCGGAAACGUAUCUGGAGCAGGCAGCUUGGGCCUUCUCACCUAUCAUGCGUGAUGAACUCAUUGAAGACUUUAUCACUCCGAUUUACAAAGCAGUGAAAGAGCGCAAGAAUACAGGGACAUAUACUUCUUCCCUUGUAUCCGCUCAUAAGCUCGCGGCAUUAUAUCUUGUUUUCGCACUGGGGGCCCUAGUUGAUCUGACUCUGACGCCUUACAACUCAGAUGCAGAGGUCUACUAUCACCUUAGCCGCGGUUGCCUAUCUGUCCGUUUCGUCUUCGAUUCUCCCGAAAUAGCGACCAUCCAAGCAGUCCUGUUAAUGGCGAAUUACCAUGGAAUGGCAGGGAAAAGAUACACCAUGGAUAGCUCCUGGUCUCUCGCUUCUCUUGGGUCAAAAUUAGCGCAGAGCGUUGGUCUUCAUCGCGAUAGUUCCCGAUGGAAUUUGGACCAGAAAGUCGUUCAACGGCGACGGGCGUUAUUUUGGGAGAUGUUUUCGGCAGAACACUUCUACAGCCUUGCACUUGGACGGCCGCCUUCAAUCCGCAUGUCCUAUGUCGACUGUGAGUUCCCGGACGAUGAAGAUACUACAGUAGAUGCGGAGGGCAACACUACGGUCGGCUACUAUCGUUGGAAAUAUGAAUUCACGAAGGAGAUCUUUACGCUUGUUACUGAGUUGACCCUAGAUGCCCAGGCUCCCAAGUAUCAGACAGUCCUAGAUCUUGAUCGUAAAUUGCGUGAAAAGCCAUUGCCCGCUCACCUCAACAUCUUCGUCAGUCCAGAGGACGAGGAGUGCACCCCUUCCGUCUACAUGAAAAGGUGUCUCCUCAGCCAGUAUCGUUCCGUCACACUCCUGUUCCUUCACCGGAGUUUCUUUGCCCAAGCAAUUCUCGACCACCCUUCCAACCCCCUGCAGAGCCCUUACGCGCCAUCCUUUUUGGCCGCAUAUCGUUGCGCCUCUGGAGUGAUCAAAUCAAGUCUAAAUCAUUACGAACGUUUUCCACGAUUAUGCGCUCGGUGGUGGGGAGUUUGGACUCAUUUGUUCUCUGCAGCUAUCAUUGUUGGAUCUAUUGUCAUUAAAUCCCCUUCAUCUAGCAUGGCGUCGAGCGCCUUUAUCGAGCUGGGUCUCGCCUGCGACAUGUUUGAGAAAGGUGCUUCGCAAUCACGAAGAGUACGAAGCGGUCAUGCAAUCUUGAACAAAAUGCGUGAAAAGGCUUUCCAAGUCUACUCACAAUUCCGCUCUGGAAAUAUUCCUUCUAGUAGGCUGUUAUCCGUGGGGAAGCCCGAUUAUGGGAACGAUGAACUUGCUUUAUUUGGUGGCCAGACGAAGGUCCUCGUAGUUAAUCUUCUCAACACGUGGAACAAACACAAGCUUUGCGAACAACUUUCGUCGUCUUCAUCAAGUACUACACCACCAUCCGUCUCUAGCCCGUCUUCAGAGAGCGAGUCGCGUGGUACACCUUCCAGUGACGUGUGCAGACAGGUGCACCCGUCUUUGGUAGAAUAUCUCUCAAUAUUUCCGCCGUCAUCAGCGUCGAACAGCCCACCGGAGGCCAAAGAUACUGCUCUUUCUUUCGAUUCGUCUGUACCACGAACUUCUCCACCAAUAGCCCAAACAUCCUUAACCCCAGUCGCGUCGACCUCUAUGGGACAGCCGCACGUCAAUGCCGAGCAGCAAAAAGCGUUAAACCCACCCUCAAGAACGUCGCAUGUAGCCAGCAGCUCCUAUCUUCCGAUGCUUGGUGGAAUACCUGCGCAACCAGAGGUCAAGGCAAACCAGGCCACCGACCUUCUCGAUCUUGGAAUGGUUAUGGCUGGUGGAGAGUCGGGCAUGGACGAACAGUGGAUGUCGUUUAUGAGAGAGUCUGGAUUUCUUCAAGUCAACGAAAGUGUGGGGAUGCCACCGCCAGGAUCGCCUUAUCCCCCGGACAUGAACUCCGGAGGACAGCACCGCUUCUGA